CUCUCCCCCUCCCCCCCCCCCCCCCCCCCAAUCGUCUAGAUACAUAACGGACCUCCACACAGUUCGAACUUUGGAUAUUCCUACGCCAAGCGGAUGAUCGAUGUCCAGAACCGCGGCUACCACCAGCAACACGGACGCAUGUUCACCGCCGUCAUCCCCACCAAUGUCUUCGGCAUGCACGACAACUUCAACAUCGAAGAGGGACACGUCUUGCCUGGGCUGAUCCACAAGACACACCUGGCACACAAGAACGGCAGUCCUCUUGUAGUCUGGGGCUCAGGGAAACCGCGCAGGCAGUUCAUCUACUCACUGGAUCUGGCUCGGCUAAUCAUCUGGGCCUUGAGGGAAUACCAGGAGAUCGAGCCCAUCAUCCUCUCUGUGGGAGAGGAGGAGGAGGUGUCCAUUAAAGAGGCUGCAGAGUGCAUCGUGGCUUCCAUGGGCUUCAAAGGCCAGGUUAUUUUCGACACGAAUAAAUCUGACGGCCAGUACAAGAAGACGGCUAACAACGGCAAGCUGAGGACAUACCUGCCCGACUUCCAGUUCACCCCCUUCAGCCAGGCUGUCAAGGAGACCUGCGACUGGUUUGUAGCCAACUACCACACGGCCAGGAAGUGAGGCAGGGCAGGUGCCGCCCGCCCGCGUGUGGUCUGUUCACGCACGGUGGGGUGGGGUGGGGUGGGGGGAGUGAUGUCGGCUUGGGAGUAGAUAGCGGUGAUAGUCAAUGGGUGUAGUAACGGGGCCUGACCCAGCGAGCAAGCACACACGUCCAGCUUCACAAUCUCUUCGCCUCAGCCACCUCUGUGCUGCACCUCAGGGCUUCCAUAGUGCCUCUACCUGUAGUCUCUGUGUUUGGGCUUGGGGAGGGGGAGGGGGAGGAACUGCCCCCGUAUCUCUGUCAGAACAUGCUUUUGCUGCCGUCUCCCUCAAACCCAACCCCUCCCCUCCCCCUCCACACACUGCUACCUCACCCCCUCUGAGGUGGUGGACAAGCUGGGUUUGAUAGGACAUCCAACACCACAGUGAAGAGGGAGAACAAGAGUGUGGCUUUAGUCCAGUCCAGUGCAGGCCAGCCUGUCCCUGUGAGCUGGGGAGGGGGAGAUACAUAGUCAGUGACCCACCCCACUCUGGUCAUUGGACUACCCCCUCUGCCUGUUAUCAGAGGCUCCACCUGAGAUACAGAGGGGUGCAAAAGCCCAGCCUAUGCUGGAGGAGAUGAGACCAGAGGCUGGAACCCAUGGAGGUGGUGGCUGGUUGGACAAUAUCCACCGGCAGAAGAUUGCUGCUUAAUUAGCAAGUUGAUUUUUAGUGAGGUACUAAUUUUGUACAGCAAUUGUAUUAUUAAAAAGGUUGUUGCUAUCAAA